GCUAUGAGACAGCAGUACCUGGACAAUUAACCUUCUGGCCAGCCAAUCCAUGAGAGCUUCCUAUAGAGUAAUUCCAAAUUUUUGCACGAAUUUUAAAUUGGAGGUUUUGCCUUUCUGGUAAAGAAGGUUGAGGAUGGCAGCGCUGGGCACAGAAAGUUUCAGGAGUGGCACACCAGUCCAAACGCCAGAAGGAAAUGUGGUGAUGAAUUUCAGUUUUGAUGGCUACCCAUUGGAGGAGGAAGAGCCUCAGACUAAAGAGAGACAGAGACAGGGCAGUACAGGCACGUCCAAAGUCAAUGAACCAGGUUAUACCUGUUUUGUGUGUGAGAGUGACUAUGUUGAGUCACAACCCAAGGACAGCUACCAUGGCAUUUACUUUGCAAUGCUUUUGGCUGGAGUUGGAUUCUUACUGCCUUACAACAGCUUCAUCACUGAUGUGGACUACCUACACCAAAAAUAUCCAGGAACAUCCAUUGUGUUUGACAUGAGUCUCACAUACAUCCUUGUUGCAUUGGCAGCUGUGAUUUUGAACAACGCAUUGGUGGAGCUACUCAGUCUUCACACCCGCAUCACUGUGGGUAACACCAUGACCGUAUCCUACAUGUCGGGACUAACAUUAGGAUCUGCAGUGGCCUACGUCACGUACAGCCUGACCAGUAUGUCUCAUACUUCAUGUAUUCACACUGAAACCAUCAACGCUUCUCUCACCACAGGAUUCUAAGCAAAGGCUCUCUUCACAUUCUCACGAGGGGCUAAAUGGAGAAAUGCUAAAGGGUAUUUAGAUCAUCCCAUGGAAACAUUGUGUGGUGCGUGUCAUCUGAAAUACAUAAAAAAAAACCAACACGCCUGGGACUUUGUUCUUGCUCUGCCCAUCCGAGAGAAUUGGAUGGGAUCACCUUCAUGAACAUGAAAAGCUUCUGAAGAAGCUCCAAGUGGAAGUGUUACCCACCAGAAUCAUGGACAGCCUUGAAUUUAAUUGAGAUUGCAAACAGUCCUGAAAUCUCGUCUAAGACUGCCUGCUUAUUGUUACUUUGUUUGCCGAUGCCAUCCGUUUAGAAUUGCGCUCCUCCAUGUACAGGAGGGAACUGCUGUCCUCUUGAGUACAGCUUUCUCAAGCAGUGUAAGAGAAGUGGGCGAGGGGUUCUGUAAUUCUAUGGUUAAUGUUCUCCAGCAUUUUCCAGACCAAAAUCUGAAUGUGCAUUUGUCUAAGCAAAUUAAUUGCUCAAACCCAUCGCGUUUUAAUCUCCAAGGAUUCCAUGGGCAGGUCUGCACUGUGUUUUUAAAAAACCACCGAAACUGAUGUUUUGGACAUUCCUCCGAGUGUACCUGAAUGUGGCUUUAAUCAUCUUUCUUGCAUUUUGUUUGACUGUAUUGCAGUGAAAACCAUCUAUUCUGAGUAGGAUUAUUUCAGGUGAACACAACAGCACGCCAGUUUGUAUAUAAUCAGAGCACUGACGUUUCCAGAACAUACCUGCUACGUCAGUCAAGAACGAUGCAUUCACCCAUAAAAGUAAUCUCUGACUCAUUACACUUUAAACUUUAUAAAGACCUUCAUUGCAACUCAUUUCCAAGGAAGGGCCAGUCUCAGAUUAGAAAGCUUUGAUGAAGGACACAAUUUCACAUCCAGCUUAAAUCUGGACACAUUAGUUAAUCAGUCAAGAGGCUAGUGAAAGAAGACUAAGCUGAUAGGGUGACAUGAAGAGUGGUGGAAGAGGCUUGUGUGGUGCAUAGACACCAGUAUGGACCAGUUGACCCCAGAGGCCUGUUUCUGUGCAGUAAAUUCAGUCCUGAAACUCCAUUUAUAAGGAAUCCUGCAAAUUCAAAUAGUGAUGAGAACCAUUAACUGAUUCGUGAUGGGGGCGGGAUUGUGACAGGGGAAGCAAAAUGUAUG